UUACGAAAAAAAGCUAGUUUGUUUUGUUUUAAAUUUAUAAAAUUAUUGCAAGUUUAAAGUGCACAAACAGUGGUAUUGGUGGAAAGUGAAAUUAGUCCACAUUUGCACGGAUUUAUCGGAAUUACGAACAAAAUAGUUACGCUCGGUGGUUGUUUUCGUUGUAUUGAUUAGUGCGUCGCGAAUUUUCUCGAUCGACGGUUAAUUUGUUUGUUUUGCCUGCUUCGAAUAAAAAAUUCCUUUGCUUUCCAAGCUGGAUUUGCAUGAUUUACGAAGCUCGAUGGAUGUUUUUACCGAAAGCAGCGGAGUCGAUUCAUCACCAGAUAUGAAUUCUAGCGUCGAGCUUCCAUCGCCGGAAAGGCCUUCGGUAAUGCCUCGGAAAUUGACCUUCUGUGCAUCGCCGGAGGGGGAAAAUCCGAUGAGCGAUUAUCGCCGGGUCGCACUGAACGUAAGUCCUCGCAAGCAACCGUCCAUUUCUCCUCCAUAUCGAAAGGUUAGAGCUUUACGACUGUUUGAUUCGCCGGCUACUCCAAAAACGAUUAUUCAAAAAUCUACAAGUAAAAUCCUGAAACCAUUUGCCUUUGCCAAUGGUUGUGCCAAAGAUGGAUCCGGUGUUGCUCCGAUGGAUAGCAAAGUUUCAAUCUGCGAGAAGCCACGGGCAAUUCCUCUACAUCGGAACUGCGAGAAUAUUAUUCCAUCGGCCAACGUCAACCCGUUCACACCCCCGGGAAUGUUCAUGAGAACCAAGAAGCGAACUCGCUCCGGCCAGGAAGGAGUCGACAAUUUGCUGAGUACCAGUUUCCCCGCAAGCUUUCCUUGCAACAAAAUUAAUCAGCCGCAGCAGCCAUCGCAACGGCAAAGUUUUGGAUGCUUCCAGACGCAUCACAAGUACGACAGUGAAUCUCUCAAAACGUCUAGCUUGCUGGAAGAUGAUACGGGUGAGGUUCGUCAGGCACCGAAACGAUUGGCUUUGCAGGAUUCCAACAUAUCUCGGUAUGAGAAAGAGUUCGUUGAACUGUCCCUGCUGGGUGUUGGAGAAUUCGGACUAGUCUAUCAGUGUAUAAACCGGUUAGAUGGCUGUGUGUACGCGAUUAAAAGAAGUAUUAAACCAGUAGCCGGAAGUUCCUUUGAAAAGACCGCUCUGAACGAAGUCUACGCGCAUGCCGUUCUCGGGAAACACGACAAUGUGGUUCGAUAUUAUUCCGCAUGGGCAGAAAAUAAUCACAUGCUGAUUCAAAACGAGUUCUGCAACGGAGGCAGCCUGCAGACUUUGCUUCAGGAACGAAUACUGAAGGAAUCGGAACUGCGAAUGUUGCUGCUGCAUAUAGCGGAAGGUCUCAAGUACAUUCACUCGAGCGAUCUCGUUCAUAUGGAUCUGAAAGCUGGAAAUAUUUUCCUUACCAAAGCGCCAAUUCGACCGGUAACCUGCUCCGGUACGACACAUCCAUCGGACUGUGCCGAUGACGGCUUCGAAGAUGUUUACGAUGACUUGGAGAACGAAUAUCUGAUUACGUACAAAAUCGGCGAUCUCGGUCACGUUACUUCGGUGAACGACCCACAGGUGGAGGAAGGGGAUUGCCGCUAUUUACCAAAUGAGAUCCUGCAGGAGGAUUUCAGUAGUCUACCGAAGGCGGAUAUUUUCUCUCUGGGCAUAACGCUGUACGAAGCUGCCGGAGGCGGCCCUCUGCCGAAAAACGGUCCCAGAUGGCACCAGCUGCGGAGUGGAAGUUUUCCUGACCUGCCCGGUAUCAGCCAAGAGUUUAACGAGCUGAUCAAGCUGAUGAUGCACCCGGAUCCGGAGAAGCGACCAAGUUCCUCGACUAUUUUUAACCAUUCUGUCCUUUCGCCGAUAGAUUCCAAAACCAAGGCGCAACUCUGCAUGGAACUGAACAUGGAGCGGCAGAAAAAUGAAGUGCUAAUGCGAAAAUUAAAGGAACAGACUAAACUGCUGAAAUCCUACGAGCAAGCGCAGACUCCAGUUUUACGCAAAUGUCGAAACACCAACGCUCGGGAGCUGACCGUAUCGGAUCGCAAGCUGCGUUCCUAUUCGCGCAAGAAGCGGACGACCAAUCUGAUUACGACGAGACGUGGCAUCCGCGACAACAGUAAGGCCAAGGAUUACUAGAAUUCUCCCGGUAUGUUGCGUAUACCAAUAUCAAGAGAAAAGAUUGAAGCCCCAGGAAAAAAGACCAUAUUUUGUUGAACAGCAACAGCUAGGGGCGAAACAGUCCAAACAUCCAGUUCGCAAAAUGUUAGAAAAACAAUCAGCGGAAUUGAAGUCAAAAAAAAAACAAGCAGAAGAGCAAAGCGAACAACCGUUUUCGAUUUCUAUAAAGCUUUUUAGUACUUUUUUUGAAACACUUUUUUACUCAUUCACACGUUUUAUAUUUUCGCUUAUUUUUUGACGCCUUUUAAUUGCUAAAUUAUUCUGCUUCUCCAUUUUUAAAUUCGAAUUUUUCUUUAAAACCUACGUUAACCUGCGAGCAGUACUCAACCUGCCUUUAUUAUAUAGUUAAAGGAAAAAGUGUUUCAGCGUUUACAUACAAGUUUGGAGAAAACAAGUUAAAUUGGUAUUAGCAUAUUUUUUAAGUGUUUAAAUUGUUAAGCGAAACAGAAAUACAAAGGAAAUAAACCCAAAAAAAGCUGUGACUUGUUGUUGGAGUGUGCCUUUCGAAAAAAAAAACGAUAACCUAUUGUUAUAGAUGUAACAGAACUAGGCACACCAUUAAGGAUCUAAACGAUACGCUGUUGUGACAAAAUCGAAAUUGUCAAUCGACGAAAGAAAAAAAAAACAAAACAGGAAAAUAAAAUUUAAACGCGGAUUAAAAAGUCCAAGUGAGAAGAAGAUUAAAGGAAAUUUGUGAUUUUACUACGUAAGAACAAAGCGAAAAGCGAAACAUAGGAAUAAAGCGCUACAAAGGCCACACAGGUAUUUAUUCUUUGUCCAAGCAUAAUUGCUAAAUAGAUGGCAAACAUCAUGAUUCACUUACUUCUGAAAAGUGAUUAGAAUUCUUCCAUUCCUAGCACUCCACGCUACAUAUACCUACUGAAGUAGAUUCUGAAAAACGAAAAACAAGAAGCAGAUUGGCCCAAAGCCAUCCUAUAUUCAAACUUCAAAAUGCAGCUUUUUGUCAAUGCCAUAGAAGCUGAGAGCAAGCUUCCUCUGUGUACGUGAGUCAGCAACGCCGUUUACUGCUAGUUGUUAAGAUGAAAAUAUGAUCCAAAAAGUUAUAUUUUGAUAAGUGAUUUUGCUAGAACUAUAAUGCAUCAUUUGUAAAGUCUCCCGCAAGGGAAAGAAA